AUGUUUGCCUGCUCCCACAACAUAAUUCAUAUGGAGAAAUCCUUGGCAGAGUUAAAUAAAGCUGGCUCCCGCUCAACGUCAUCACUGCCACCUGAACCAGUGGACAUCAUUCGCAGCAAGUCAUGUUUCCGCAGAGUCAGGCUGAAUGUUGGGGGUCUUCCACAUGAAGUCUUGUGGCGAACAUUAGAUAGGCUACCACGAACACGUUUGGGAAAGUUAAGAGACUGCAACACCCACGAAACUCUGAUGGAAGUGUGUGAUGACUACAACCUUGAGGAGAACGAAUACUUUUUUGACCGACAUCCGGGGGCAUUCACAUCAAUUCUGAACUUCUACCGCACGGGCAAGCUGCACAUGAUGGAAGAAAUGUGCGCCCUGUCGUUCAGUCAAGAACUCGACUAUUGGGGCAUUGACGAGAUCUACCUAGAGUCGUGUUGCCAGGCGAGGUACCACCAGAAAAAGGAGCAAAUGAAUGAGGAGCUCAAAAGAGAGGCAGACAAUUUAAAAGACAGAGAGGGAGAAGAAUUUGACAACACUUGCUGUGCUGAAAAACGGAAGAAACUUUGGGACCUCUUGGAAAAGCCCAGCUCGUCUGUUGCAGCAAAGAUCCUGGCCAUCAUCUCCAUCCUCUUCAUUGUGCUAUCCACCAUUGCCUUGUCUCUGAACACCCUUCCAGAGUUGCAGGACACAGAUGAGUUUGGCCAGUCCACAGACAACCCACAACUGGCCCACGUGGAAGCUGUGUGUAUUGCCUGGUUUACCAUGGAGUAUCUGCUUCGCUUCCUUUCCUCCCCCAACAAGUGGAAGUUCUUCAAAGGUCCUCUGAACGUCAUUGACCUGUUGGCAAUCCUGCCAUACUAUGUCACCAUCUUUUUGACAGAAUCCAACAAGAGUGUGCUGCAAUUUCAGAACGUCCGCCGCGUGGUUCAGAUUUUUCGGAUCAUGCGUAUCCUGCGUAUUCUGAAGCUGGCACGUCACUCCACAGGUCUUCAGUCUCUGGGCUUUACCUUGAGGAGGAGUUACAAUGAGCUGGGCCUGCUCAUACUUUUCCUGGCCAUGGGCAUCAUGAUCUUCUCCAGUCUGGUGUUUUUCGCUGAGAAGGACGAGGAGGAUACAAAGUUUAAAAGCAUUCCAGCUUCUUUCUGGUGGGCUACUAUUACUAUGACCACAGUAGGCUAUGGAGAUAUCUACCCAAAGACUCUACUGGGAAAGAUUGUGGGUGGGUUAUGCUGCAUAGCUGGAGUAUUGGUGAUUGCCCUGCCUAUUCCCAUUAUUGUGAAUAACUUCUCUGAAUUCUAUAAGGAGCAGAAGAGGCAGGAAAAAGCACUUAAACGAAGAGAGGCCCUUGAGAGGGCAAAGAGAAAUGGUAGCAUUGUCUCAAUGAACUUGAAAGAGGCAUUUGCUCGUAGUGCAGAACUGAUGGAUGUGGUGGUGGAGAAGAGUGAGAGGCCUCAUGACAACCACCUCUCUCCAAGUCGUUGGAAAUGGACCCCCAAGAGGGCUGCAUCAGAGACAAGCUCAAAUCGUUCCUUCAAUGCUCAGGAGUUAGGUUCUCCCAACAAGGCCCGGGCUACCAGUCCCCAGAGGCUAAAUGUUCAGAAGCUAGAGGAGAUGUACAACCAGAUGGCAAAGACACAGUCACAACCCAACCUCAAUGCUAAAGACAGAAGCUCCAGAGUAAGCAAACAGAGAGAUGAGAUAGAGUUGGGGGCCAUCCAAGAUCACAGGCCACCAGUCCUAGGAACCAGAGAGGGAGUGGGGGACAUGAAAAGCUUGUCCAGCAUUGACAGCUACAUAAGUUGUGCUACAGACUUCCAGGAGAAUCCACGCUUCCCCCAUAGUCCAGCAAUGGACCUUGGUCUUCAGGAAGGCAACCGGUUCUCCCACAGUCCGGCUACAGCUUUGUCCCAGCACGCCAGUACAAAAACAGGCCAGCAAACCACUGGGGAGCGUGAGCCCAUGCUGACCCCCGUGUCUGUCACAAAGCCCUCAUGCUCAGAGAAUGCAAGAAAAUUCUUCUUUUCUGGCAACUCCUCAAAAAGCCUUAUCCCUAAAGGAGGCUGCCGCAGUGAGGGGGAGUCAGGCCCAUCCCCGCUCUCAGACAACUCAGUCCUGUCAGACCACUCUCUGUUGAGUCCUGAAGUGUCAGUCUAUACCACUGCCAGUAGCAGGACACCACCGAAGUCCCCAGAGAGCACUGCCCUGGCCCCAACUGUCUUCACCUUCCACGACUCCUCCAUCAGCAAAUACAUUGAUGCCGAUACAGAUGAUGAUGAGCACCUUCGCGACAUCUCUGAUGCAAGUCCCUCAGAGCGUCUGUUGGCAGGAUCAAGCCCAAAACGCAGUAUCAACAUCAAUUACCAGAGGGGCACCAAUCAUUUAGAAGCAGCCCAGAAAAUGCUGGGCCAGAAUUGUCUGUUCCCCCUUGAAGGGAUUCGUGGGGUCGCUCUUGAGAAUCAUGUAGGACAUGAGAUGGCACGUAGACCAAAGGUUGAGAGGGGGCGUCAAAAUACUUUGGAUAAAAACCUCUGA